GAAGGUGCUGGGAAACGUGCCCUCCCGUGUAACCCGGACUAGCCUCUUCAGCGUCGGGAUGUCCCUCAUCGUGCUGCUCGGUCUUUUCACUUCAGCUUUGGGAGCGAGUAACUAUUACUGUGAAGAGCCACUGGUUUCACCUCUUCUCUCAGGCUCCUUUCAGAGUUCUUCAAGAUCCUCUGAGAGUCACUCACCACACUUUGCAAAACUCAACAGCAAAGACGGUGCCGGCGGGUGGUCUCCAGACCGAGAGGACCGUCAACCCUGGCUGCAGCUCGACCUGAAGGAUCGGCUGGAGGUGACAGCCAUUUCCACCCAGGGCAGAUGGGGUAGUUUGGACUGGGUGAGCAGCUACCAUCUGCAGUACAGUGACUCCGGCAGGAACUGGAGGUCCUACAGACAGGACAACGUGCCAUGGACAUUUCCAGGGAACACAGACACACACACCGUAGUGCAGCACAAGCUUCUGCACUCCAUCAGGACGAGGUUUCUGCGGAUCCUGCCCCUGGAGGGAAGCCCCAGUGGAGGGAUAGGACUCCGACUGGAGAUCUACGGCUGCACUUACAAGUCAGACGUGGCCGACUUCGACGGCCGCGGCGCCCUGCUCUACCGCUUCAACCAGAAGUCCACCAGCACGGUGAAGAACGUGAUCGCCCUGCGAUUCCGCAGCAGGCAGGCGGACGGAGUCCUGGUGCACGGGGCAGGCCAGAGAGGUGACUACAUCACCCUGGAGCUCCAGGGGGGCAGGCUCACCCUGCACCUCAACCUGGAUGACACUCAACCACACUCCAGCAGCACACACACGUCAGUCAUGUCUGGCAGUCUCCUUGAUGACCACUUGUGGCAUUCUGUGCACAUAGAGCGCUUCAACAAGCAGGUGAACUUCACAGUGGACAGAGACACCCAGCACUUUCUCAUCCAAGGCCAGGAGGACUCUCUAGAGGUGGACUAUGAGCUCAGUUUCGGGGGGAUCCCUCUGCCCGGCAAACCAGGGACAUUCCUGCGAGAGAACUUCCAUGGCUGCUUGGAGAACCUUUACUACAACGGGGUCAACGUGAUCGACAUGGCUAAGAGACGCAAGCCUCAGAUCUACAUUGUGGGCAACGUGACGUUCUCAUGCUCAGAGUCACAGCCGAUUGCCGUGACAUUCUCGAGCACCGCCGACAGCUUCAUGGCGCUGCCUGCCGACGUAGGCGGGGCGGGGCUCUCUGUCCGCCUUCAUCUCCGGACGUGGAACCGGGAUGGGCGCCUCCUCCUCGCUCCGCUGGCUGGUGCCCCCCACCCCACCUUACUCCUCCUGCAGCUCAGCGGGGGGGCACUCCAGCUGCUGCUCCAAGGACCCACACAGCAGACUGCAGAAACCGCAGCCAAUCAGAGUUUAUGUGACGGACAGUGGCAUUCAGUGGCAGUGGAGGUCAAAGGUCAGCAGGUCUCUCUCACUGUUGACUAUCAGAAGCCAGUUGUCAUGGAGAUUGUUCAUCUCACCAACAGCCUGCAGAGGACGACCGUCUUUCUGGGAGGCUGCCCGGCCGAGGGGGCGAAUUCCAGCGUGGAGAGGCUGUGUGAGAAACCGCGGCGAGGAUAUCAGGGAUGCCUCCGUUUUAUCCUCAUCAACAACCACCCCGUCGACCUGGCGCGGGUCCAGCAGGACGAGCCCCUGGCCUUCAGCCAGCUCAGCUUCGACGUCUGCGGCAUUCGCGACAGGUGCGUGCCCAGUUUUUGUGAACAUGGCGGGGUGUGCUACCAGUCCUGGGACCAUUUCCACUGUAACUGUUCAGGAACAGGUUACACAGGAACCACCUGCCAUAACUCAAUAUACGAGCGAUCAUGUGAAGCCUACAGAAAAACAGGAAGUCCUUCAGGAAUGUUCACUGUUGACCCGGACGGUAGCGGUCCCUUGGAAAACACACGCGUGAACUGUAGCAUGGCAGAAGACAAAAUUUGGACAGUUGUAGGCCACGACCACCUACAGCCUGUGAGCGUUCGAGGGUCUACCCCGAGAAGUCCCUACGUCCUCAUCUUCAACUAUUCUAUCUCACCCUAUCACCUCCGAUCCCUGGUUUCCUCCUCCGAUUACUGCCAACAGGAAGUGACUUAUCGCUGCAGGAAGUCUCGUCUCUUUGACACCUGGGAUGGGACACCCCUGUCGUGGUGGCUGGACCGUGAUGGUGUGAAGAGGACCUACUGGGGAGGGUUCCUGCCUGGAGUUCAGCAGUGCUCAUGCAGCCUGGAAGGCAAUUGCAGGGAUAUGAACUACUUCUGCAACUGUGACGCCGACCAAGAUGCAUGGGUGAACGAUACUGGCCUGUUGUCUUACAAAGACCAUUUACCUCUCAGUGAGAUUGCCAUCGGAGACACAAACAGAACCGGCUCACACGCGCUCUUCCAGAUCGGACCGCUGCGUUGCUAUGGCGACCGAUUUUUCUGGAAUUCUGCCUCCUUCUACUUGGAGUCCUCGUACCUGCACUUCCCCACGCUGCAGGCGGAGCUGAGUCUGGAUAUCUCCUUCUUCUUCAAGACAGGAGCUCCUUCUGGACUCUUCCUGGAGAACAGAGGAUUACGAGACUUCAUCAGGGUAGAACUGAGCUCUCCGUUAGCGGUCACCUUCACCUUCGACCUUGGUGAUGGCGCCGUCGUCCUGACAGCCAGUUCCCCCGCGCCCCUGAGCGACCGGCAGUGGCACCACGUGAGGGCGGAGAGGAACGUGAAGGAGGCGUCACUGCAGGUGGACCUGCUGCCCCUCCAGCUGGUGCAGGCUGGGCCGGAGGGCCAGUACCGCCUCCAGCUCAGCGGCCAGCUCUUUGUAGGAGGCGCACCCACCACUCAGAAGGGCUUCCUGGGUUGCCUGCGUGCACUCAGCAUAAAUGGGAUGACCUUUGACCUUAACGAGCGGGCUAAGAUGACCCCCGGCAUGAAUUCGGGCUGCCCGGGUCACUGCAGCAGGGACAGCCUCUGCCUGAAUGGAGGGAGGUGUGUGGAGAACAGGAACGGUUACAUGUGCGACUGCACACAGACAGCGUUCGACGGACCCAGCUGCAGAACAGCUAUUGGUGCUUCCUUUGAGAGAGGCACUUCCGUGACCUACACCCUUCAGGAAGCGUUCUCUGUCAUACGGAACCGGGACAAGGCCAUCAUGGACUCUCGGGAACGCGUGGCUUUCGGAUUCCUGAGCAGACACAUGCCAGCCUUGCUGCUGACGGCUCGGUCCGGCGAGCAGAACUACAUGGCUGUCACACUGUCCCAGAAUGGCAGUUUGCAAAUCUGGUACAGGCAGAACCAGGAGACAAGGCCAGACGUGUUCAGCCCUUCAUCGGCCAGCCUGGCAGAUGGCCAGUUCCACUGGGUGCGGAUGAACCGUGAGGGGAAGGAGCUUUAUGUUCAGAUCGACAACACACUGACGCAGCAGUACAGCCUGUCUCCGGGGUCUGUACUCGCUCCAGUGAGGACUUUGACUCUGGGGAGAAUCCGAGGAGGUGACAUCAUUGAUGAGGAAGUUGAUGAAGCAGGAUCAAGAGGCUUCAUUGGCUGUUUGUCAUCUGUCCAGUUCAAUCAAGUGGCCCCCUUGAAGGUAGCUCUCCAGAACAGGGGGAGCUCGGUGGUCAGCGUGGAGGGCAGACUCAAGGAGGAGAACUGUGGGACGCCAUCGAGCACAAACUCUCUCACUACUGUCCACACCCGUUCAGAUCACUCAUCCAAAGCGGACCGAGGCAAAGCCCCGUUGAAGAAAUCAGCACAGACUGGUUCAACAAUAAUUGGAGGAGUCGUGGCAGUCAUUCUGUUCAUCACUUUGUGUGCGCUGGCUGGAAUAAUUCACUUCCUCUACCGACGCCAUCGAGCCAGAGCCCCGGUGGUCACAGCCCAGAAGAACCAACAACCCGACACGGAAACGGCGUCCUACCGGGCCAACCUGGUCCAGCGUGGAGCGAGCCACGUCAGCAAAGAGUACUUCAUCUGACAGUGGCACCCCUCCUCCACCCCUCCUCCGCCCGCUCGGUGCACGUGUGCCUUUUAAAGCCUGUAAAAGCCACACCACCCGCCAGUGGUCCGGACAGACGGGGAAGAUGGAGGGUUUCUGCAGGCGCCAGGACAGAUGACCCCCCAAUGCUGUUUGUGCUGGUUGAGAUCCAGCUAACACUAAGGGUAGGGGCACUGUUUUGAAAGUCGAUAACAGGACUUGCGCUUCUAAGGGAACAUUGUGGUGUCGUUUGUAUGAAGAGGAAUGGAGUAGUUUUCUGUGCACUGUAUGAAAUUAUUGAAAAGCAUUCAAGUUAUCACUCAAGCCUGCUCAAGUCUUUAGCUGAAGCCCAGGACAGGAUGCAAGAUGUCUUAAGGGCAAAUUUUACCUCUCCAUACUGAGCACAAGCAAGUUUCAUAGCUUACAAAUACAGAGGCGCCCCUCUGACUAAUGGACUCAGGCUACUGACGACGGCGCUCAGAGAGAGAUCGACUGUAGUUGGGUGGCUAAACUUCCCAGAUACUGCUUUAGGGGGAUUGAUUGUUUUGUCAUUUCAAAAAAAAAAAAAAAGGCACACAGAUAAGGGCGUGACCGUAUGAAAGAAUCAAUUCAGAUAUUCAGAUAAGCAAGCCGACACAGAAUUAGCCCCACAGAGCGGCCACGUAACUUAGCCCUGGCGGUGCUGGCGAAGACCACGCGGUGGCCUGACCUUAAAGCAGCUCAGCCCAUGGCUGUGUGGGCCUGGGGGUUCCUGGGAGGGGCUUCUUACUGAGUGCAUUAGUGUGGAAGAAAUGUUGGCAAGCACCUGGAAGAAAAUAACAUGCUUUAUAAUCGAGAACGAUUUCUUUGGGUCGGGGUUCAUUUUUCUAUCUGGCUAUUGUUGUAAAUGACUUGUUGUAUAUUGAUUUCAUAAAUAUAUUUA